UAGUUUAUCUGCCGGUUGCCGGUGUAAACACGUUUUCCCAACAUGUCAUCUUACGGUUUGCCGUCGAGCUCCUGGCAGCCUUCAUUUGUUACAUUUGAAACGACAAUGGGCAGUAUCACGUUUGAGCUGUACUGGAAACAUGCUCCAAAAACAUGUCGUAAUUUUGCAGAACUUUCUAGACGAGGUUACUAUAAUGGUACAAAAUUUCACCGAGUCAUAAAAGAUUUUAUGAUUCAAGGAGGUGACCCUACUGGAACAGGUCGAGGUGGAGCAUCAAUUUAUGGCAAACAUUUUGAGGAUGAAAUUUCAGAUGACUUGAAACAUACAGGUGCUGGUAUUUUAUCUAUGGCCAACAGUGGACCUGAUACUAACGGAAGCCAGUUUUUCAUAACCCUAGCUCCAACACAGUGGCUGGACGGCAAACACACUAUCUUUGGUCGUGUCAGCACCGGAAUUACUGUUGUUCAAAGAAUUGGACUUGUAGAGACAGAUAGCAAUGACCGACUGGUUGAUGAAGUACAAGUUCUAAGUGCGACCCCUUCAUAAUGCUGGACUUCCAUCUGUGUGUGUGUAUAUCUCUAUAUAUGUAUAUAUAUAGAUAUAUAUAAAAUCUCAAAGCUACAAGAUAAUGCCUGAUUA